UUUUUUUUCAAUUCGCGUACCAUGUCUUUGGGACAGAGGAAGAAAGUGGCUCGUACAGCUUACUUGAUCUUUACAAAGAAACAUGGUCUGCAUGUGCAAACGGAUGCCACUCGAUUCCUUGAGGAACUGUUGCAGGACGAUCCCAACAUUCCCGAGACAAUGGAAAAGAUUGUGAAAUCGUACAAGAAACGCUACGCGGAUCAGCAGGCUAUUAUUGUGGACAAGGCGUCUUUGCAAGCAGUCGUCACUUCUCUACAAACGUCAGCGGCUACGGCCGCAGUGUUGACACCAUUCAACCGCGAGGAUCAGAUUCAGGAAUCACUCCAGGACAUGACCAUUAGUGAACGUUCAGAACCCGUCAAUGUCCACGACCAUUUCCACGUUGUAGAAGCCUUUGAUAUGCCCAAGUUGCAAUACGAUUACCACAGCAAAGCGUUCAUCAAAGCUUCUCAAAAACCGAGUAUACUGGGAUCAGCUAUUGAUAAAGGCGACAUGUACCGCGAUCGGUUCAAUUUAGUCAAGCAGCGAUUAUUGCGAAACGAGAAUUUCUGCCCUUCUUCGAUGCAUUUAAUGGAGCAGGAUGCGUAUCUCAAAAUCACUCCGAUUAAAGCCUUGAUUGGUCAUGAUGAGGAACGGUUCUUACUUUUCGGCAUGUUGACGCAACUGGAAGAAGGCAAAUUCUUUCUCGAAGACGAAGACGCCAAUAUCGAAUUAAACCUUUCUCAAUGCGCUUACGGUCCCGGUUUAUUCACUGACAAUGCUUUUGUGCUUGCGGAAGGAGUGUUUGGCGAAGAUCAUGUAUUUCAUGUAAACGAUAUUGGUUUUCCUCCUGCUGAACGCCGCGACAUGUCCGACACAUUGUUCUCGCACAUGGAUUUUAUGGGUUUACCAAGACCAUUGGUAGAACUAGAUUUAUUGAAAGAUGAAGAAGAGGCACACAAUGAAAUAUCGUUUGUGAUAUUGUCAGAACUAUGGCUUGAUCAACCCAAGGUGAUGAGCGCAUUAUACCAAAUGUUUGAAGGAUAUGCGAAUGAAAAAAUUCCACUGGCGUUCAUUCUCAUUGGUAAUUUUACGAGCCAAGCAGUGACCGCCAAUGGGAUUGAAUCACGGCAAUACAAAGAUAAUUUUUCGGCGUUUGCUGAUAUGGUGGCGGAGUUCCCUGCACUGGCCACUCAUUCCUACUUUGUCUUUGUUCCGGGUUCGCGAGACCCUUGGGGUGGCAACAUCCUGCCGCAUCCUCCUAUUCCCAAUCUUUUCACAUCGCGUGUCAAGCAGAAAAUUAGAAAAGCCAUCUUUACAAGCAAUCCAUGCAGGAUCCGAUAUUGCACGCAAGAUAUCGUCAUUUAUCGUGAGGAUAUCCUGAAUCGAAUGUGGCGCAACGUCCUUUUGCGUCCUAAUAUCGAAGAAGAAAGCGAUCCUGCAAAACAUCUUAUCCGUACACUUCUGGACCAAGGCCAUAUGUGUCCUUUACCCCUCAAUAUUCGUCCCAUCUAUUGGGCGCAUGAUCACGCCCUGCGACUGUACCCACUACCUCACACGCUUGUUCUGGCCGAUCAAUGUGAUAAUUACGGUAUGACGUAUGAAGGCACUCACUGUAUCAAUCCAGGCAGUUUUCCAAACUCUGAUUUUGUUUGGAGCGUCUAUUAUCCCAGCACACGAACCUCCGAACGACGACAACUAUCAUAAGGCAUAUUUCAGUACAUAUCGUGAUCAUGUUUAUUUUCUUGUAAAUAGAAGUUUAUUUCAUCAAUAAAAUCCUUGGUUCUCCUACCAUGGAGCAUUUCUACAGCGG